AUGCAUGUCCUUCAAUCUGCAAUGAAUCCCGAUGAAGCUGAUCAGGUUGAAAACUGCGAGACUGCAAGAGAAAUUUGGGUUGCUCUGGAAAGCACAUACGAAGGUACGUCUAACAUUCGUGAGUCUCGUAUUGAUCUGUUAGUUCAUGAGUAUGAGGCAUUUUCUAUGCUUAAUAACGAAUCAAUCCAUGAAAUGUACUCCAGAUUUACUGUGUUGAUCAAUAAACUUAAAGGUCUAGGUCGUACGUUUCAGCUUAAAGAUCUCAAUCGCAAAAUCCUUCGAUCAUUACCUAAAGAAUGGCUGCCCAAGCGUACUGCUGUUGAAGAAGCUAAAAAUUUGACAACUCUGCCUAUUAACGAGCUGAUAGGGUCGUUGCUUAGUCAUGAGAAUGUCAUUAAACAAGUCUCCCAUGAUGAUGAAAAACGAAAGAAAACUCUGGCUUUUAAGUCUAGAACUGUCGAUUAUGAGUCUGAUGAUGAUCUCAGUGAUUUUGAUAAGGAAUUUGCUCUUGUUAGCAAAAAAUUUCAUCGCAUGUUAAAGUAUAAAAAUGAUCAAAAACGGCGUCAGGAUGACUCCAAAUUUAUUGCUAAUGAUCGAUAUAAAAGUGUUUCUCAAGAUAGGCUGCCUAAUCAGCAGACCAGAAUUCUAGAAACAGGUCAAUCAGAACGAGAAGCUCAGGCAUGUUACAAAUGCGGAAAGAUUGGCCACAUUCGAGCACAUUGUCCACAGACGCUCAAGGCUAAAGAAAGAGCUAUGAAGGCAACCUGGAGCGAUUAUGAAUCAGAACCAGACGAGGAUCAAGAAGAUAAUCUGGCCUUUAUGGCUUUCAGCAAUGAUCUUAACACUCAAACUGAACUGGCAUCUCAGAUUACUGAAUCAGGUAAUAUCAAAACAGAUUAUUUAUGGUAUCUUGACAGCGGGUGCUCCCAUCAUAUGUCUGGUAAGAAAAAUCUCUUCUCUUCUCUUCAGAUUAAACGAGGAGGGAAAGUUAUUUUUGGUGAUGACAGUUUUGGCACUAUUGCUGGAACAGGAACCAUAGGAAAAUAUCCUCUACCUGUGAUUAAUGAUGUUCUUCUUGUAGAAGGUCUUAAACAUAACUUACUUUCUAUUAGUCAGUUAUGUAGUAGUGGAAAUAAAGUGAGUUUUGAAUCCUCUCGUUGCAUAGUUGAACGAGUCAGUGAUGGAAUGGUUUUGUUUGUUGGGACUAGACACAAUAAUAUGUAUAUUAUUGAUCUUCAAAAUAUUGAUGCUUUUAAUGAGUAUUGCUUUGCUGUUUCUUUUCAACAAGAACUCCUGUGGCAUAGGAAACUUGGACAUAUCAGUUUGUCUAAACUAACAAUGUUGUCCAAGUUGAACCUUGCAAGAGGAAUUCCUUUGCUUAAAGAUAAAGCAAACUUUUUCUGUGAAACCUGCAUCUCUGGAAAACAGACCCGAAAAUCUUUCAAAUCUAAGACAGACAUCACUUCAACAGCUGUGUUUGAACUGAUCCACAUGGAUCUAUUUGGACCAUGUAAUGUGACUAGUCUUGGAGGAAAGAAUUAUGUGUUUGUUCUGGUCGAUGACUAUUCCAGAUUUACAUGGGUCUUCUUUCUUGCUCAUAAGUCCGAAACCUUUGCUAAAUUCAAAACUUUUGCUUUGAUGCACACUAGUCAACUUAAAACUGUCAAAAGCGAUAAUGGGGGAGAGUUCAUUAUGGAUGAGUUUGAAACUUUCUGUAAUGACACUGGGAUCUCACACAUUUUUUCGGCUCCUCGCACUCCUCAACAGAAUGGAGUUGUUGAGCGAAAAAAUCGUACCAUUAUCGAGUGUGCUCGUACUUUGCUCUUAGAAUAUAAUCUGCCAAAAUAUUUCUGGGCCGAGGCAGUCAAUACUGCAUGUCAUGUUAUAAAUCGUGUCAUUGUUAGAAAGACUCUAAAUAAGACUCCUUAUGAGCUUCUCAAAAAUAAACCUCCUAAUAUUUCGUAUUUUCACCCCUUUGGCUGCCCUUGCUAUGUUCUAAACACUCGUGAUCAGUUAGGAAAGUUUGAUUCUAGAUCAGACUUAGCCAUCUUUCUAGGGUACUCUGUUCGUGGACAGGCUUUUCGUGUCUAUAACAAACGUACACAGAAAGUUGAAGAGUCUGUGCAUGUUAAAUUUAAUGAGAUGACUCCUCCUGUUGAAACAUCUGUUCCAUUAUCGUUUGACCUAUCUGAAUUGUCAAAUAGUUCUGAUGAAUCAAUAGAGGAAGAAGUACCUGACCAAACAGACAGAUCAGAAAAUAAUGAAAAACAGGCGCAUGAAGCUGCAAGUAACAUAGAUGCUCCAGUCGCACUUCCCACUGCACCUCCACAUAUUCAGAAGAGACAUCCAGCUGCUCAAGUUAUUGGUGACAUCACUGAUGGCCUAAAAACUAGAGGUAAAUACGUUCCAGGUCAGUAUGCCUAUGUUUCUCAAGUUGAGCCAAAAUCUUAUAAAGAUGCUCUUAAAAUUGAAGAAUGGGUGUUUGCUAUGAUUGAAGAGCUAACUCAAUUUGAGUAUCUACAUGUCUGGGAUUUAGUUCCUCGUCCUUUAAAUGUUACUAUCAUAGGAACUAAAUGGGUGUUUAGAAACAAGUCUGAUGAAUUGGGGAUAAUCAUUCGCAACAAAGCUAGAUUAGUUGCUCAGGGUUAUUGUCAAGAAGAAGGAAUUGACUAUGACGAGACGUUUGCACCUGUUGCACGACUCGAGUCAAUUCUACUUCUUUGUGCUUUUGCUUCUUACAUGGGAUUUCCUUUGUUUCAAAUGGAUGUCAAGAGUGCCUUCUUAAAUGGGGUAAUAGAAGAGGAUGUAUAUGUUGCCCAACCACCUGGUUUUGAAGACCAUAGGUAUCCUGAUCAUGUUUUCAGAUUAAACAAAGCUCUUUAUGGGCUUAAGCAAGCCCCUCGUGCUUGGUAUGAUCGGUUGACAUCUUUUCUUCACGAUCAGAAUUUUGUUCAGGGCUCAGUUGAUAAGACUUUGUUUAUUAAACAUGAAUCUAGUGACCUUCUUCUUGUUCAAAUCUAUGUCGAUGACAUAGUGUUUGGGUCAACCAAUACUCAGAUGUGCUCUUCUUUUUGUGAAUCUAUGAAAAGUGUCUUCGAAAUGAGUCUCAUGGGUGAAUUGAAGUAUUUUCUAGGUUUACAAAUUAAACAAACAGCCCAUGGUACUUUCAUUAGUCAAUCAAAGUAUGUGUCUACCAUGCUUCAAAAGUUUGACAUGACUACAUUGAAUACUUGUCCAACACCUAUGGCAACUAAUGUCAAGCUUGAUUUAGAUGAAACUGGUGAGUCAGUUGAUGAGUCUAAAUAUCGAGGUAUGAUAGGUUCUUUACUCUAUUUAACUGCAAGUAGACCAGACAUUCAAUAUGCUGUGUGUCUUUGUGCUCGUUUUCAAUCACAACCUAAACAAAGUCACCUUACAGCAGUGAAGCGUAUUUUUCGAUACUUAAAAGGCACAAGUGAUGUCGGCAUCUGGUAUGCCAAGCAAGAUCAGUUCGAUCUUCUUGGAUAUACUGACUCUGACUUUGCUGGGAGUCUUACUGAUCGAAAGAGUACAUCAGGUUGUUGUCAGUUUGUUGGUACUUCAUUGGUGUCCUGGUUUUGUAAAAAGCAAGGAGCUGUGGCUUUGUCCACGGCCGAGGCAGAGUAUAUUGCUGCCGGUAGCUCAUGUGCUCAGCUCCUUUGGCUGAAAAGUCAGUUAAAUGAUUAUGGAUUGAAAGUUUCUUCUGUUCCUCUUUACUGUGAUAACACUAGUGCGAUCUGCAUGACAAAAAAUCCGGUUCAGCAUUCACGAACCAAGCACAUUGACAUUAAAUAUCAUUUUAUUCGAGAGCUUGUUAAGGAUGGUCAUAUCUCUUUGCAUCAUAUUCCUACAGAAUUCCAGCUGGCUGAUUUAUUCACAAAACCUCUAGCAGCUGAUCGCUUUACCUUUUUAUGCUUUGAAAUCGGCCUUCGUUCUCUAUCAUCUCUCUCAGAGCUGAUAGGGGAUACAGGAUCCUGA